AUCAUCUUUGUUCGCUGGUAUUCGUUGAGAAAGCCCGCUACCGAUGGAUGAAUCCACUCAUCAAGGCCACAUGGAAAUUUUUCCAUCAGCGACCUUCGAGACCUCCUUCACCAUCCCUCGGUCCACCCUCCUGCCCCAGCUGCGCGACCUUCUAUCUGCGCUCGACAUGCCGUUCACGCUCGAGACGCACGAAGAGCUCACGCCCUCGCUGCUCAUCCGCCUCCUCGAGGCGCUCCUCCAGACGCGCCUGCUCCUCCCAGCGGACCUCCGCCACGCGCUGUACCACGGGACCGACGCGGACGGCCACGCGACGGUGCAGUGCAUGAAGAUCUUCCUGGGCGUGCUGCAGGCGGACGUGCUGCAGACGGACGUCGGGCUCAGCGCUCUCGAUCCCAGGAAGCUGGCAAGGGGCGGUCAGGAGGAGACGCUGUUUGUGGCGAGGCUGCUGUGCUGGUACGCCCGGCGGUUGGGGAUCGUCGGCGCGCGCCGCACGGAGACGCCCGAGACGGGGUCGGUGUCGGUGCCGCCAUCGAGUUGGGCCGAGACGAGUGUGGUGGAGACCAAUGUGACGGACGUGACGAGUUUUGGGGAGGUGGAUGCAGAUGAAGAUGCCGAGGACGAGGAAGAAGAAGAGGAGGAAGAGCAGAGAGAAUUUGACGAGCUUGCACAUCUUUCCACCCCCUUGCAAUCCUCGCCUCCGCACCCACGCUGUAUCCACGAUGUCUCCGACAUGUCACUGCGGAUGCUCAGCGACACAGAUGCUCAUUGUAUCCACGAAGUUCCGUCCCCAAGCAAAUCCGCCAGUCCACGCCGUCGCACCUCCACCAGCACCAGCACCCCCAGCGCCAUCCCGUCUCCUCACCGCUCACACUCGCCCCACCCACCGGACGCAAACGACGCAUCACCGACGGCCAGCUAUGUCAGCCCAUCGUCGUCACCCCGCGUGCGAUACACGGGGUACAUCGGCCUCGUUGACGAAGACGCCGAGAUCGCUGCGUUCGAGCGCGAGAGGGACGCGGCGCGGGCUCGACGGCUCCGGACGGAUGCGUCGCCGACAGCCGCUGAUCUGGAGCGCGAGCGGCGGCGCGGGAUCGCGCUGUUGCUGAGGAAGGCGGAUCUACUCGAGCAGUUGGUCGGGCGGGGAACUCUGCCUGCAGGCUGAUGUAUAUGGGUCUCCGCCGGAUGAAAGUGUCUCCGGGAUGAUCGAGAUGGCUCGCAAGUCGGGCCUACGGUACAGACGACCAUGGCGCUCCUUCGACGCAGCAUCUGUUCUCACUCACUGCAAAGCGUACGUCUACUCGCCCUAGGUAAUGCGUUGGACGGAUCCCCAAGUCCCUCGUUGCAGCGCAUGCUGUGUCAUGACGCGACAUCAGUCGCAUCAUGAUCAACAUCAGAUGUGCACGGACAUCCCGUCAUGCAAGUACUCUCCAUGACAUUCUAGACACCGUAGAAGUUAGGUUUAAAAUUCUCGCGUACAUCGCUGAAGCACCAACCAAGGCUGAGCUGGACCAUUUCUUUGAGCACUCAGCUCCAACACUCCGAGCCUUGACUGCUGUGUGGAGAGCACGUGUCCAGACCUCAGCUGAU